AUGACGCUUUACUCUUUCUGUUGUUCCAAGUCCACCGGCAGAUCCGGAAGCCCCGCUUCUGUCACACAAAAAACCUCUAAUGCCAACGGUGAAUCCCACAGCGGCAAGAACAGCCCAUCACCAGCUCCCAAUUCGCCAACAACUUCUGUAACUAAUGCUCCAUACAGUCAAAGUUGGAAAGUCGUGGGAAGUCCACCGAAUCGUGUCAUUCAUUCGAUCCCUCCUAACUCCGAUGACCAAGCUUCGACUGGUAAAAAAUCUGAUGACGAUGUCCAGGAACAAAAACUACGCAGACCAUCCAGCACUCCAGGUACACCCCAAAGACACUUAAACGGAGGAUCUGAGUUGACAUCUCGAUUGCUAUCCAAUGCUUCACCAUCGAAAAUCCAACAACAGCAGCAGCCGAAUAUUGUGCAUUCAAACGGUGACGUUGCUAACGGUAAGUGGGGGGCCCUACCUGGUUUGCAAUGGACGAGUACAUCAAUUUGGAACGGUCAAAAUCAACAACAAGGAUCCGGUUCAGGAUCUAAAGGCACUUCACGUACAUCUCCAACACCACCGCCGGUGGUAUCGAAUGAAGAGGUCAAUAAUAAUUCUUCUUAUGAACGUGAUAUAGGUUCCCCACCGGGCAUGGGGAAAUUGCCUAUACCUGUUCCACCGAAUCCACAAUAUCGACAGCAGAGAAGUCUAUCGUUCUCCGUUGGACAACAUGACACCGAUUUAUUUUUCGGAUAUGCUCCUCAAUCUCGGCGGGAUAGUAUUCCUUAUCGUAAUACAUUGCAUUCACUGCCACUUAUGGAGGAGGAAGUUGAUGACCUACCAUACUCCGGUCGAUUCCGGGGUCGUUCUAAAUCUUCUGCUGCAGCAUACGGAAUUAUUUCUGCCCACCAGGAAGUUCCUCAUGCUGAAGAUGUUAACGAUUAUCGUCGUGAUUCUGAGUAUUCAGAGUCCGGAUCUAUUUGGAACACUCAAGGUGCUCAUAGUGAAGGACCAUUGCUACAUCACCGACGAUCUAUGCCUGCGACCUCUGAUUAUCCAGGAAUGUGGGAGAGUUUUAAUGCUUCGGCGCCAGCUGCAGCCUAUUUGGCGGCCAUGACUUCCACAACGGAACAGGAGCGAUACGAGAAACUGAGGCAAAGAAGGUUUUCAGUCUCGCAAGCUACUCCCUAUGGGCAUGAAUAUCGAUUUAUGGACGGAACGCCUGAUUUACGUAUGAUGAGCAAUCGCCCGACAAUUGAUCCUGCUGGCUAUGCACAUCUCGCACAAAGACGUCACUCAGUCGCUGGACCAGCUAUAUCCCUUCCUCAGACAUCCCGUUACCAUCUGCCGGAAGCUCUUGAAAAUCUUCAUAUUAGUAACCAACCCGUAUCAUACACAAAUGAGACGAGCUAUCCAAGUAUUCCUGAAGACGUUGAUGAUUAUUUUGACAAUGACGAAUCUCGCACGAGAGCAUGGAACGAACUUGGCAAAGGUCUUCCACUUCAUGCUAUCCCAACUCACGGUCCUCUAUAUCUUGUCGAAUUCAAAGCCGGACGUACGGAUCUCUUCUACGUAACUGAAAAUAGUGGUGUAGUUGUGAAGAAGGGUGACCUUGUAAUUGUCGAGGCUGAUCGAGGAAAGGAUCUUGGUAAAAUAACGAACGAUUCAAUUACGCCACAGCAAGUCCAAAUUCUGCAACAGCAAGCAGAAGCUAUGAAUGAUGGACAUCGAGUGAAUAAAGAGAUUCAUCCCAAACGCAUUUAUCGACUGGCUCAGCCGGCAGAAGUUACUAUGUUAGUAACCAAGAAUCAAGAUGAAGCGAAAGCGAUGCUAGUCUGUCAGACCAAAGUUCGUCAGAAGAAGUUGCCUAUGGAAGUUGUUGAUGCUGAAUACCAAUGGGAUCGACGCAAGCUCACUUUCUACUUCAUCGCUGAGCGUCGUAUCGACUUCCGUGAAUUGGUGCGCGAUCUAUUUAAGAUCUACAAAACUCGUAUCUGGAUGUGUGCUGUAAACCCACUCAUGAAUAAAGCAAAGAAAUGA